AUGACCAGAGCUAAGCCCAACAACCCAAUAUGUAUCGACAACAUUCGACGUGAAACCAAGACGCUCUCUCUUCUUUCACAGCCCAAUAUCCUCAGCGCCCAUUGUUCUCUCACUGUGGACCGUCAUCUUUCGGUGGUCCUGCCGUUCAUGUCCGCCGUGUCGCUCCAAUCCAUAAUCUCCUCUGCUUUCCCCGACGGCCUACCGGAGCCCUGCAUUGCUGUCGUCCUCAGGGAGACACUGAACGCCAUGUCGUAUCUUCAUGAUCAAGGGCACCUCCACAGAGACAUCAAGGCUGGUAAUAACUUGAUCGACUCCAAUGGGUCGGUGAAUGUUGCAGACUUUGGGGUUUCUGCUUCUGUUUAUGAGGCCAAUUCGAGUGGAGAGUCAUCGAUUCGGUUAAACGACAUUGCUGGGACGCCGUACUGGAUGGCGCCUGAUGUGAUACACUCGCACAAUGGAUACGGAUGCAAGGCGGAUAUAUGGUCUUUUGGGAUCACAGCUCCGGAAUUGGCUCAUGGGGGGCCCCCCCUGUCUAACUUGCCUCCUUCAAAGUCUCUGCGUUUGAAGAUCACGAAGCGGUUUCGGUUUUCGGAUUAUGAAAAUCGUCACGACAAUAAUUACAAGAGCAAGAAGUUCUCUAAGGCCUUUAAAGACUUGGUGGGUUGUUGCCUUGAUCAGGACCCGAACAAGAGGCCCACGGCGGAGAGGUUGCUUUGCAACUGAUUAGGCAUGGUUGCUAUGGAAUGAAGACAAAAACUUGGAACUAUUGGACAAAUGCUUGAAAGAAUACUGCAUUGAAUCUCAAGUACUUAGAUGCAUUCAUGUGGGUUUAUUAUGUGUUCAGAAAUUCCCAGCAGACAGGCCAGGAAUGUCAUCUGCAGUUUUCAUGUUGGCGAACGAGGGAGCAAGUUUGGCUUGGCCUAAACAACCUGCUUUCUUUCUGGAAAGAUGCUCCAUUGAUUUGGAGGCAAGGACAAGAAAGGGAACAAUUUUAUACAGAAAAUGAAAUAACCACAUCGAUGGAAGGUCGAUAAAACAUGAUCUUUUUGUGAUACUUCCUGUUUUUAUGUUAUCUUGUUCGUUGUAGGAUCUAGUUGUAAUGCCAAUAGGAAAAGAGGACUAAUGAAGAACCUAUAUUGUUAUUCCGUGCAUAAAACAUGAUCUGAAUUUUCAAAAUCUUGGCAAUUCUAGAAUUUUAUUUCUCUCUGUUUUUGUUUUUGUUUUCUUUUAUACCAAAUCAAUUGUAUAACUCAGUUAUCAUUUUAUAUAUCCUUGUGUUCGGAGGGUUAAGGGUUUGGUGGGCUGGAAGAAGAUGGUUUCCGCGAUGGAGAAGGUGUGAUCCUCCGAGAGUAUGUUAGUUGCUUUGCCUGUAUGUCUGUUUACCUUUCUACAUCAGAUGAAGGGUUUUUCUUUAAUCUUCCAUGUCGCUCUUUAUACGUCUGUGGUUUUAUGAAUGAAUUCUCCUUCUUAAAAAAUGUCUCUCUGCUCCGAUAUUUUGUCUUGAAUUCG